GUGACUUAGUGGAUGGCUGGAAGUUGGUGUGACCAUUGAGCUGCUGCAAUGUUCUGCUGCCUGAGAGCCGUGAGAAGGUUAUGUCUGGAGAAGAUGUUGCUACAAUGCAUUCUUCAGUCAAGAACUUUGUCGGGAGCUGAUGCCAUCAAUGCUCUCAGACCUUUCUAUUUUGCUGUACAUCCAGACUUCUUUGGCCAGCAUCCCAAAGAGAGGGAAGUAAAUGAAAACUCUCUGAAGAGGUUAAAUGGCUACUUGGAGAACCUACAGAAACCAGGAUUUCAUUCCUUUAAACCAACACAGCUUACUUUUUAUGUAAGAGAAAGAGAACCAAACUCUUCUAAUGUUCAAGAAUCCUUCAGUGCUUCAGGUUUUCGAGCAGUCAGUUUUACGUUACACACUAGAGACCUCCUGAGCACAGUAUUGGAUAUUCUCAACUCCUGCAGUUUAUCUACAGAGCAUAUUCAAAGUUUGAAUGUGAACGCUCAGCACCACAAGGAAGCAAAAAGCACAGUGAACAGACCUAUCAAAUGGGAUAAGACUUACUAUUCAUUUACUGGAUUUAAGGAUCCUGAAGAGGAACUAGAACAAGCCCAGAGAAUGGAAACAACUUUAAUAUCCUGGCUAGAUGAUAAUGAAGCAAGUGCAGUGACAAAGCUGAAAAAGAGUUUGCCUCUACGGAAAGAACUAGAACGUUUAAAAUUCGAACUCUCUCGUCAGCUGCAGCUCUCAGACAUCAGGUGGCAGAGAAGCUGGGGCAUAGCUCACCGCUGCAGCCAGCUGCACAGUCUGGGUCGCUUAGCCCAGCAGAGACCUGAAGUAUUAAAGAAUGUUAAAGGGCGCACAGUGAUAUUUACAGACCGUUCAGGUAUGAGUGCAGCAGGCCACAUAAUGCUGGGGACCAUGGAUGUUCACCAUCACUGGACCAAAGUUUUUGAGAGAUUGCCAAAUUAUUAUAAACUUCAGAAAAGGCUGCUGUUCUUGGAAGAUCGGAUAAGCCAGCUUCUGGGAGGCAUACAAGUAAUCUACAUUGAAGAACUGCAACCCCUGUUGACCCUAGAGGAGUAUUAUGAGUCUCUGAAUUCUUUCUACAGUAAAUUAUGUGACAGUAGGCUCCCUUUUCAUCCUCGCAGCCUACGAGGCUUGAAAAUGAUUCUGGAAAGUGACAGAUACACACCAAGCUUACACGAAUUCGGACACUUCACGAUCCCAAUGGCCUGUGACCCAGCAACCCUUCAAUGGUUCAUUUUUGCCAAAGCACAGGAAGCAAGAGAGAAUCUGAAGAGAAGGGAGGAGCUGAUGACUGCAGAGAGAGAGCUGAUGGAUGCUUGCUCGGAACGGCUGUCCCUGGGCCGGCUGUACAAGGAGCCGGGUGUCUCCAGUGCCCAGAUGAUCGACUGCUGCCGGCGGCUGCGGGGGGAGCUGCUGCCGCGCCUCCGGGGCAUGCACCUCUGUGUGGCACACUUCUACUCCGUGCUGCAGGAUGGAGACCUCUGUAUACCCUGGAACUGGAAAAACUGA